CUCCGAUCGCUGUUAUCUCCUUUCCGUCUUUAUUUCCUUCGUAUCCUUUGCUUCCUUUGUAUCUUCCUUCCCUUGUAUCUUCCUUCCUUCCUUCCCUUUCUCCACUGCCCACUGCCCACUGCCCCACUGUACAACAGCAAGCUGCAUCCCCUCUGUAUAACAAACACCAGUCAUCCCAUCCCAUCCCAUCCCUUCCCUUCCUUUCCCUUCCCUUGUAUCCCACCUGUACUUAUCCCAUCUUCCUCCCCUCCACACUGAUCAUCCCAAUGUCUCUCCAGCAGCACACCGACAUGUACCCGCUCUCCCUCUCCGACACCGACUGGGCCCAGAUCCUCAACAACAACAGGGACGCACAGGAUCUGCUCUCCACCGCCAUCGCCCACCACGACCAGUACCGCGAGGACGACCCCAUCAAGCGCAAAGGCAUCAUCUCCCAGCUCCACAACAAGGCACCCAACAACCCCUCCCAGAGCGACCUUAAUGAAAGGAGCCUUGCGGAUUCACAGCAGAACCACUCCGAGAAUGACCACAGUUCUGACGAAGGCCACUCGCCUGGCGAAGGAAAACCUGCCCCCAAGAAGGCUGGUCGCAAGCCCUUAACAACCGAGCCGACCAACAAACGAAAGGCGCAAAAUAGGGCAGCACAGCGUGCGUUCCGUGACAGGAAGGAGCGGUAUGUCAAGUCGCUGGAGGAACGCAUAAAGGAGCUUGAAGAACUUAACCCUACCAAGACAGAUUCAAAGCUUGCAGAGGAGAACAUGAGCCUCAAAGUCCUCGUCCAAAAGCUCGAGACCGAAAACUACUUCCUCAAGGAGCAGGCCUUCACCUUCGACUUCCCCAUCAGUCAGCCUGGUCUCUACGAUGUCUCAAAAAUAAGCCGCGAUGGUCUCUUGAACUCCACUCACAACCAAGUCAACCCUAGCCCGGACCACUCCUCUUCAAGUCCGGCUUCACAGUCCAUCGAUACCGUCAGCAGCAAGAGCAGCGCCUCCCCAGCAUCUGCUUCAACCAAACCCUUCCCGGGCAGUGUGGCUAAACCGCCCACAUACGACCAACUGCCAUGGUCACCCCCGUCGUCAGUCGGGGACAGUGUUCCUAACUCACCCCUGAAUAGCGACCCUACGACACCAGAGCAGGAGAGUAUUCAUCAGCCCACAUAUACCGACAAUGCAGGAGUCGUGCCCUCAAGGUUCCGUAACAGCUCGCCCGAGGAGAUCGCGCUCUUUUCGUCCAUCCUCGACGGGACCGGGAACACUGCCUCUGUCCUCCCCAGCACAAACCCUCAGCUGCAGCAGUCUACCCAAACCAAGGACGCCUUUGGUGCCUUUAACGCCACUGGCCAGCUGGGUCAAUUCACUCAAUCGGGCACACUGAGCGCAAGCAACGCCAGCCCAGCAAGCACAUUAGCCGGUCUCUCGGAGCAUAGUCCCUCGCCAACACUGGAGGAUCUCGUCAACACUCCAUUGUUCGGAGUGGCCGGGAACGUGCCGUUCACGCCCACGACAGCUAAUAUGUCGGUUCCUCCGCUGACGUUCGAGCAGACACAGGCCCUCUUCACCGACUUCCGCGAUCCCUCGGACCCACGCGACUUCUAUACCAACUUUGAGGACCCAAUCGAGACUGCGUUUCCAGAGGACCCGAUCGGUGGACUGUUCAACGACCAAUUGCUCGACUACACCAGCAUGUUCGCCAACGUUGCUACGACGCCCGCAAGGGAGGAGAGCCAAAAACUUUCCGACAAGUCGCAGACGUCAGCUGAGAAGCACAUGCUACCCGCGCUUGAGGAGAAUGAGAAGGCGAUCCCUUGUCCGCAAGCUUGGGAGCACAUUGCGAAGCAUCCCAACUUUGAUGAUGCGGACAUUGACGAUCUGUGUAUAGAGAUGAAGUCGAAGGCCAAGUGCUCAGGGCAUGGUCCUGUCAUUCCAGUUUCGGAGGUCAACAAGCUGAUGAACAGGCUGAAUCAGGAGUAGAGGCGACAAAAAAGAAAAAAAGAAAAAAAAAGAAAAAAGGGUUAGCAGAAGACAAAAAAAAAGUCCGUUGCCCAGUAGCAGCAGAUCUCUUUGUGCUCCAGUCUCGAUUUCCUCAAUUCAUUUGUUUAUCAUUGUAGUUUUGCAUUUGUUUUUCUUUCUUUAUGGCAUUCGAGCGCGUAUGAAGGAGAGCAGGGCGGAUAUGGAGCCGAUUCUUUUGGCUUUUUUGUUCCCCUUACGUUCUCUUCUUCACUCCUCCUGUAAUCUCUCCCAUUUUUCAAGUGUAUUUCAUAUCUUACCAGUGUCUGCCAAAUGUUCCUGGUUGCGCGCUGUGUACUCGUAUUUUUACAUUCCUAUUGUAUUUUCUCUGCUGGAUAAAAAAUAUAUAUAAACAUCUAUAUGUAUUUUUAUACA